AUGGCUGCCCGCGCACUCCAACCCUCAGAAUACGAAAUCCAACGAGAGGUCGAGGCUCUUCGCGAUAUUCGUAGACGGUCGACAACACCAGGGGCCCUCACCAUCGAUCCCGACUUGCCCAAUCAGUCGCCACCGUCAUCACCGACGACGACCUAUUGGUCAGGCAAGGCCAGAUCCCCUCCAGUCACCGACUCCAAGGCAAACGGCGCAUCGCAGGAAAGCGGAUCCUCCAACGAAUCCUCAGAGUCGGACCAUACCAACGAGGCAACCACACCCAACAACCCAGCAGACGAUCCCUUUCAUUUGUUCUGGGUACCAGCCAGUCUACACCCCGAAAUCGCCCCCGCAGAAUUUAGAGCCUUUCUAAAGGAACAUGCCCGCAAUCCACCGUCCGAUGGCGGCGACGGUUCGCUGGAACGAGCAUCUUCAUUGGCGUCACGGUCCAGCCUCACUCGCAAACGUUCGAUGCUCAGCAGACAGUACCAACCCAAGGAGGGCGAUGAAUCCGACGGCGACGAAAAAAUCGUGCCUCUAAGGAGAAAUAGGAGCUAUGCACAACACGUCAUUCCACAGCUCACCAUUAGCGACCUACAAAAGCUGGAAGAGUUGGCAGAGGAGGCCUCACAGAGUGACGAUCCAUCGAAGCUCAGGAGUGUUUUGAGGAGGAGCCUCAGUCUGAACUUGUCCCCUACAGCUAUCGGACAAAUGGACGUGAUGCCUGAAAUGGCUGAUGAAGCCGACGUCCCUAUCAUAGUCCCUCCUCCAGGGCAGAUUCUUCGGAGAGCAGCGCGAACUAAGAUCAGGAAACCAGGUCUACCUGGGGAAGGUGCUGCCCAUCGAUUUGGGUCUUCUAGGCGAGGUCGCCGUAGCUCUGGAGAAGGUCGGACUUCUGUGGAACAGUUGUCUAAUGAAGGCAGCGAACCUGAAGCAAGCACUUCGCGACGGCAAACAAUCUCAGAUGAUGGCUCGCACAAUCGACCAGACUCUUUCAGCGAAGAAGCGUCUAUCUUCGACGCCUAUGUACGUGACGAUGAGGAAGAAGUCCCUCCACCUGUCCCUGCCCUACCCCCUCAUGUCCUGGCCGAACCGUCUCCCAUACCACCUCCUCCUGUCGAAGAAGCACCUCAGUUAGCGCAGCCAGAAAUCCAACCGUCCCUACUAGAAGCACUCGGACCAAUCCUCGACUCGGAGCAGCCACAGGUUGCGCAACCUGUUCCCAUACAACCCCUUCAAGAACCUCCAGUGCCCCAGCCGUCAAGAACCCCCUCUCCAGAACCGGUCGUUCAAGAGACUCCAGCCCCGAUCCCCCAAACCUACUCUCCACAGCCUUUCCAACCCGCACCUCCAUCCGCUAUCAUUCAACCCAUCACGUCCAUUCAGCAACAACUUAACGCCUCCAUCUCUGCGCCUGUCCCACAGCAACCGCCUAAGAAAGAGAAGGAAAAGGAUAAGAAAGGACUGUUUGGCAAAUGGGGGAGCGACAAAAGCGGGAAGAAAAAUAAAGGGGAGAAAGAGAAGGAGAAGGAGAGUUUCUUUGGCUCGCUCUUCGGUAGCAAGAAAAAGCAAGAGGAUUCGUCUUCAUCCGUCAAUACGGCAGGGCGCGAGGCUGCACAGGCAUUGCUUGGUGCAUCGAAGUCAUCCAAGAACUACGUCCCUCCUUCGUCACCGGGGCUGGCUCCAGGAAUCAAUAACUACUCUCGCUAUCCGAUCCAUGUGGAGAGGGCAAUCUACCGACUCAGUCACAUCAAGUUGGCGAAUCCGAGGCGCCCACUUUACGAGCAGGUUCUAAUCAGCAACCUCAUGUUCUGGUACCUUGGGGUCAUUAACAAGGCCCAAAAUCCACAGCCACAGUCGACACCGGAUAGCAGCGCCAGCCAGGCCGAGAAGGAGCAGCGGGAGAAGGAGCAACAAGAGAAAGAACUGAGGGAGAAGGCUGAAAAGGAGAGAUUGGAGCGUGAGCGUCUGGAGAAGGAGCAGAAGGAACGGGAGUUGGAGAUGAAGAAGAAAGAGUCGGGUAGGCGUGGAUCUUUAACCAAAACACCCCCUGGCGGAUCUGCGGGAGGUCGACGUGCUGAGAUGCCCGUCAAAGGACCGCAAUACGACGUUCAGCAACAGGUUAUGCAAAAGGAGUAUAGCAACGGCUACAAUGGCCCUCGCAAUCCAAACCAACCUGGGAUGAUGAACGGUCCUAACAGUCAACCAUACCCUCGUGGAUCGCCUUCUAUGCAACCACAACAAUUUCCCCCUCAGCCUUAUCCUCCACAGGCUACACCACAGUACCCGACUCAGCAAGGCCAGCCAUACCCUCCCCAACAAUACCCUAAUUCUCCGCCUCGGAAUGGUCAGCCUCAAAUGAAGGGACAAGGUCCAGACCACUAUUAUUACGACAACGGCGGUGCCCGAGGAGGCCUUCCACCUGGGGCCAUGCCACCUGUAAAUAUGGCACCGGGUCCAGCACCGGGUCCGCACCAGCCGCAGCGAUCUCCUCAAAUGAACAGCCUCCCUCAACAACAGUCGCCUUCGGGACCAACCGGUUCCCCUGGACGAGCGCCUACUCGUUCGUUAUCCGCUAAUGCUGUUCCUAGUGGGGGCCCACCUCUGAACGGACACACUACGUUGCGGAAAGGCAACAGCGCUCAUGCUGUAGCUCCCUAUGAGAGAAGGCGAACCAGUGAAGAAGACGACACCCCGCUUGCUGUGUAUCAGCAACAACGGCGAUAG